AUGUCCUCCUCGUCCUCAAGUCAAGCCCCAGGUGGUUUGAGAAGUGCUGUUAAGAGAAAGUCCACUGCUGAUAAGAAAGCUCAGACAUCAAAUGCUACUCCAUUGAGCACUAGGUCAGCAGGAGCUGGUGGGAGCUCCUCCACCAUGAUGAAAUUGUUCACUGAUGAGGCUCAAGGUUUACGCGUUGAUCCGUUGGUUGUGUUGUUUUUGGCCGUUGGUUUCAUCUUUUCUGUCAUCAUCUUGCAUGUGUUUGCCAAAUUGACUGGAAAAUUCACAUAA